AUGUCAUACCCGCCAACCUCGGACAGGGAGGAAUUCGAAGAACAUGAAUUAUUGUCAGCUGAGAAUGGACACGACCACCAGCGGGAGUCGAGUGAUGCAGAACUGAGAGCGGAGGAGGCAGAAAGAGAGGAUCUUAUGAGACGGUAUGAAGACUUCAGUACAGUCGAUUGGAUUCAAGAUUCUUUGCUGGAAAGGACAGUACAGUCGAAAGGACCAACAAAUCCCAUUGUAGCUAGAUUAGAUCGUAUAGAUGGCAUUUUCGGCUACAUAUGGAGGUUGAUCCGGAAAGGUCUGGAGGAAGGUGAAAGCUGGGUGGUUGUGACCUUAGUAGGCGUAACGAUCGGAAUCUCAGCAGCAUUAAUAUCCAUCAUAACAGCUUGGCUAUCAGAUAUAAAAUUAGGGUAUUGUACUACCGGAUGGUGGCUAACGCAGAAAUACUGUUGUUUGGAGAUAACAGAGGAGUUUGAGAGUUGUGCGGAAUGGAGGAGAUGGGGUGGGGUCUGGCCUUUUGGUUGGAUAGCGUAUAUACUAUGGGCUGGUAUAUUCUCAUUCUCUGCUGCUUUCUUAGUGAAGAACUUUGCGCCGUAUGCUGCAGGAUCAGGUAUAUCAGAGAUCAAAUGUAUAUUAGGAGGGUUCAUUAUCAAAGGGUUUUUGAGUGUGGAAACGUUCUUAAUCAAGGGUUUGACACUUCCCCUCGCCAUCGCAUCUGGUCUGUCCGUCGGUAAGGAAGGUCCGUCGGUACAUGUCGCCUGUAGUAUAGGGAAUGUGGUAGCAAGGUUGUUUAGCAGGUAUGAUCGGAGUCAUCUGAAAAUGCGCGAGAUCGUUACUGCUUCGAGUGCAGCAGGUGUUGCAGUCGCUUUCGGUUCUCCAAUUGGUGGUGUGCUAUUCUCUAUCGAGGAAAUGAACCAAACUUUCUCAAAUCGUACAAUGUGGAGAAGUUUCGUAUGUGCCCUAGUCGCCACUUUCACCUUAGCUUCGAUGGAUCCCUUCCGAACCGGAAAAUUGGUGUUGUUCCAAGUGUCUUACGAUAGGGAUUGGCACUAUUUCGAGAUCCCAGCCUACAUCAUCAUCGGUAUAUUUGGGGGAUUGUACGGGGCUUUCGUCAUCAAGUUCAAUCUACAAGUCGCUGCAUUCCGUCGAAAGCAUCUAGCCAACCAUGGAAUAGCCGAAGCUGUUACUCUAGCGGUCAUAACGGCUUUCGUGGGAUAUAUGAAUAGGUUCUUGAGAAUAGAUAUGACCGAGAGUCUCUCAUUAUUGUUCAGGGAAUGUGAAGGUGGUGGUGAUCACGAGGGUUUAUGUCAGACUUCGUCACAAUGGAGAAUGGUCAAUUCCCUUCUUAUUGCUACUGUCGUUCGAACAGCUUUGGUAGUAGUAUCAUAUGGAUGUAAAGUACCAGCGGGAAUUUUCGUUCCGUCGAUGGCAGUUGGAGCUACCUUCGGACGAAUGGUCGGUAUCUUGGUAAAAGCGAUGCACACAUCGUACCCUCAAGCUCCCUGGUUCGCCGCUUGUGCACCUGAUGCACCCUGCAUCACACCUGGUACUUAUGCUUUCUUAGGUGCAGCUGCUGCAUUAGGAGGUAUCACCAGGAUCACCGUGACUGUCGUUGUCAUCAUGUUCGAGCUCACAGGAGCUCUAACGUAUAUCCUUCCCACGAUGAUUGUUGCGCUUGUGACCAAGGCGGUCAGUGAUCAGUUCGGAGGAGGUGGAAUAGCCGAUCAGAUGAUCAGGUUGAACGGUUAUCCAUUUUUGGAGAAGGAAGAUAAGGAGGAUACCACAGACAAAGCAUUCAUUGAGCCUAUUGCGAAUGUCAUGAAGAAAGAUAUCAUUGUCAUGGCUGCUACUGGUGUACCUCUACAGCAAAUUGGUGAGAUGGUACAGAGUACAAGUUACCAGGGUUUCCCAGUAGUGAAGAGCGAGAGCGAUAGGACAAUAAUCGGAUUUGUGCGGAAAAACGAACUUCGUUAUGCUCUUGAUAAAGCAAGACGAACGCGCAACCUUUCCUCUAAUGCACUUUGUACAUUCCAGCAUACACCGCCAUUAACAACGGAUAAACCGUCAGCUCCAGAACAUCUACAGAGACCUGAUAUAGUCAUUCCAGGUCGGACGGGUAGUAUUUUCAGGAGUCCGUCCAUGGGCGCAGGUGGAUUUGCAAGGAGAGAAAGUGGAGUGGAGGUUGAGGAGGUUGAUUUUGGAGAAUAUGUCGAUGAGAUUCCAUUGACCGUAUCGCCGAAGAUGCCAUUGGAGAUUGUAUUACAGCUAUUUAGACGUAUGGGUCCUCGAGUAAUCUUAGUCUCCGAUCAAGGUAAACUCGUGGGCCUGGUAACAGUGAAAGAUGUCCUACGACACGAAGUGGUAGAACAUCAUCGACAUACUCGAUUAACAUCAGCCAAUACCGCUGGGAUAUCUCCUAUGACACCUCGGAACCCAUAUACACAUUCUCGUGAGGAUUCAUCCUCGACAGCCGGUGGAGGAGGAUGGGAUCUCGGUCUCGGUCAUCAGCCAGAUUCGAUAGAAGGCAAUGGGAAUGGACUGGAGAUCGCGCUAGAAGAGGGUUUCGCAUGGUUACGAGUACAAGGAAGUAGGGCUUAUAAUGUUUUGUAUGAUCAAUGGAGGAAUACAAUUGGAAGAGGAAGGACGAGGGAUAGGCCAAAUAUGGAUUUUGAUCUGAAUGAGGAAUGA